AUGAAGCGUAAAUAUUUUGGAAUCAACCGGAGUACUGUCUAUAAGCGAAUCCAGUGCCUAAAGAGGGCCUACUAUGCCGCAACGGAGGCUGCCCAACCGGUUAAUGUUCCAUCGGCGUCUACUUUGCCAAGCGACUUUCCUGAAUUAGAAAUGCCAGAAUUAACGGCUGAGGGUUACACUGGUAGGUUUUUCCAUCGAUGUAGAAUAUUAGUGGGUGUAGAUUUUGCAGGCAGUGAAGAGCAUGUGACGGAAAAGGAGGGGGGCCAUGAGGGGGCCAGAGGGGGCUGGUGCUGGCAGGGUGUUGAAUGGCAUUUGCCCAACAAUAUCCUGCCAAUGUACUCUGCCAGAAAAUGCAACUUAUAGUAAGUUUAAACAAUUGGCACCACAUAGAGCUGUUAGAUCAAGCAUGAAUACAGUCCUAGCAGGUACUUAUGAGCAAUACACUGGCGGUCCCCACCAAAAACAUAGGCUGAUUUGGUGGAUAAUAAUGCUUCGCCUCAUCCUGGGCACACGGCUCUCAAAUUUGGUCCCAAGAAACUGUACUGAACAGGGUGACCAUAACGCGGUACCUCUCUUUGUCUGACGGAAUAAACAAAGUGGAGGUCGGGGUGUGCGUGUAUUUCCAUACCCAGUAAUCCCUGGAAGAAUUUUCUUCCUCCCCUCACCCAUCGCUGCAUAGACACUUCUUCCGUAGAUGCAGGCGUGCAAUCCCGUAGGCGAUCCCUGUCAUGUUACUGCAUCAUCCAGCUGAAACAAAAUUGUGGGCCACAGUAGAAUUCGGCAGCUCCGUGCAGGGGGAACUGUCUACUCCUUUGUGGUGGAGGAAUAAGAAAUAAUAAGACUAAAUAAUGCUGACAGUCGAUAAACUGAGAAAAUGAGAGAAUUCUGAGAACAUGACAGAUCCCACUAUCGAAAAUAUUGUGUUUCGAGAAGAAGCGAUUUUGGAAGAACUGAAAAGCUUGAAGGAAUGUAAAUCGCCCAGUCCGGACGAGAUCACAGCAAAGCUGCUCUUUGACCUUGCCGAAGAGCUGGCCAAGCCACUAUCCUUUCUGUGUCAGAAAUCGUUUGAUGCUGGAAUUCUUCCCACAGACUGGAAGACGGCCCACAUUACACCCCUUUACAAAAGCGGUAGUCGUGCUCUGGCGACAAACUACAGACCCGUCAGUCUGACAUCAAUCUGCUGCAAAGUGAUGGAGAAAACCAUCAAAAAGGAGUUGAUGGCUUACUUGGAAACCCACAACCUCUUGUCUAAUGCACAAUAUGGUUUCCGUAGGGGAAGAUCAUGUGUUGAGAACUUGCUAUACACAAUGCAAAAUUGGACACGAGCACUGGACGCAAAACACACCGUGCAUGUUGCAUAUAUUGAUUUCCGGAAGGCGUUUGACAGUGUUCCGCACCAGCGUCUCCUACACAAGUUGAGAAUUAUGGGCAUCGGUGGCAAACUUCUCAAAUGGAUCGAAAAUUUCCUUGUCGGCCGCUCCCAAAUUGUCUGCGUAGAACAACAGCAAUCAAGGUGCACAUUCAUAGAGAGUGGGGUCCCACAAGGCUCGGUGCUCGGACCAACCCUCUUUCUCUUGUUCAUCAAUGAUUGUGUAGAUGGGUUGGACUGUGAUUGCGCCAUGUUUGCAGACGACAUAAAAAUCUGGAAAGUCAUCCAGAAUGCUGCCGAUGAAACCAACUUUCAAGAAAAUCUUUGUCGGUUGGACGAGUGGUCCCGCAGAUGGCUCUUGUCCUUCAAUUUGAACAAAUGCAUCAUUCUGCGCCUCGGAAAUCAGACCCCUAGUACGCGGCAAUACCACCUGAACGGAAUGCCACUCCGAGAAGCAGAAACUCAGAAAGAUCUCGGAGUUUGGGUUGCAGACAGCCUAAAGCCUUCUACACAAUGCUGUAAGGCGGCCAAGGCUGCAACCUCAAUGCUAUAUGCCAUCAAGCGGGCAUUCGUAGUUUUCGCUAAAGACUGCUUCACAAAAGUCUUCGGCACGUUUAUAAGGCCCCAUCUCGAAUAUGCAAUUCAGGCCUGGAGACUGUGGUGGCAUCAGGAUUACGAUCUGCUCGAAAGGGUGCAGAGGCGAGCAACAAAAUUAAUAAGAGGUCAAAGUGCACUGCCAUACGAGAUCCGCUUAACUAACCUUAAUCUCUAUCCUCUGAGUUAUAGGCAGUUGCGCGGAGACAUGAUACAAACUUUCCGUAUCGUGCGCGGCUUGGAUUGUGCCCUUCGGCGCGAUGACUUUUUCCAACUCGCCACUACAACUCACCUCCGUGGACAUCCCUUCAAGCUACGUGUGCCACAGGGUAGACGGAAUGUGAGAAAAUAUUUCUUCUCCAACCGUGUCGUGGAACCGUGGAAUAACCUGCCCGAGACGGUUGUUAUGUCUCAAUCUGUGGAGGCAUUUAAAUGUCGCCUUGACAGAUAUAUGCUGCAGCAACAAGCGGACUAUGUGACUUUUUAGCCAUGUAACUAGUGGCAUAUGUGAAUCAAUGUAUGCAUUCACUUAAUGCUGUAAUUUCUUCACAUUUUUGCUGGCUUAUCGAUUUUUUUUGUACAAAUAGGGAGUUCAAAGGCGUAAGCCUAUUUCCUUCAAAUACACUGACUGACUGAAACUUGUCACAUCUUGGGGAUGCAAAAUAUGCGAUUGAAGGACAGUGCGAAACGAAUACUAUCGUAACCCUCCCCGUGCCUCCUACCUGCUGCCUCUCAACUUCUCGAGUGGAUGAUGUCUUAUGUGACGCACAGUGUGCGGUCUCGGAAGAAUGCACGGUGAUAAAUUGAGUGAAACCGAGAUCCGCACGCGCUAUAAAACUCUUCAUCCUGAUUUUAAUCUUCGUGCUGACAAAACCUACUUCAAAAAGCGACCGGAAAUUAGCAUCAACUAUCUAGCCGGUAGACAACUGCACGAACUCUGACGUGCGAAAGCCUCUACGAAACCACACAAUUUCGGUGUCUAAGACCUCUUGUCCGCGAAUAGUUGCACGCUGAAAAAUUCUUGCAAAUAAAUAGCGUGGCUAGGCUGACGUGAACGCUGUAAGCCUCCUCUGUUUCGCUGAUCGUCGACACUCUGCAGACUUCCACUCUGGCCACCGCGAUUUCGAGCCCAACUCCCCAGUCGUUGAUUGCUGCGGAUCCUGAUGUCAACUCCUCAUUGCGACCCCAAGUGGUCCGCUGGUCUGACUCCUCUGCUUUCGCCAUUUGCUAGUAGUUUGGUCGGUCAGCAAAAAGGCCUAAGUGUCGCACUCUUCCCUCUACGCACUGAUGUCCCACCCUCAGCUGGACUCUAAGCGGACUGUGUCCGAUCGCGUCUGGGUUCCUCUGUCUUGCCACUCCGGGGUGGAUAAUCUAUUUCGGGUUACGAAGCCCUGCCUUGACGAUUAACGUUUUGAAUCCCUUAUAAAAUUCCAUAUGCAGGCCAGUCCCGUCCGACCCGCAUAUUUAACCUUUCAUGAGGGGCAGUUUUUUCCCCUUAAAAACUAACCAAUCCAUAUGCCCUCUGUCUUUUUCAAAAGGAGUUUUUUCACUGCUCGCUGACCGUUUUUAACAUCGGACUGUUUAUUCUAGAACCGUGAACCGAAUAAUAUACAGAAUCUGGCUGCUUGUUUCAACAGUUGCCUGGAAAAUUGUGUUAACUUGCCAUGACAGGACACUCAAGGGUCUUUUGAUAAAAUUAAUUAUUAAUUAAUUACAAGACGACGAAUUAGCUCGCGAAUAACGGAGCAUAAACAGGCAGUCCGGAGAGACAACCCGUUGUCUCAGGUCGCCACUCAUACCCUGGAGGAAGGCCACGAAUUCAGCUUCGCGAGCGCGCGGAUAGUAUCGCGGGUCAGCAAUAAGACAGGACGAGAACUGUUAGAGGCCUGGGUGACUGACACCAACUCUAUCGACAGGCACGUUGACAUACUCCCCUGCUAUCACGCGCUCCGUUCCAGCGGCCAAGAGGCGAGACCCAAUUUUCUACCAAGGGUGCACGCAGUCACGCCACCGUCAGACGGCGUGGGACUCAACUUAUCGCGAAUACCACCCUCUGCACUCAUAUCUUUCCCCCUUUUCUACGUGGCUUGACUACAAAAACCGCUCAUUUUAUGUCGCAUUCUCACAGUCUCGGACGAUGGUCUCCUGUAAGAGACCGAAAGCUCAGACUAAUACACCUACUGUCCCAGAGGUCGCGUGUUCAUCUUCUUUACAGUAUGAACUUCAGUAGGGUCAGGUUUAGUCGCCUUACUUACCUUUCCUGUAGCGACUUAAGUCUUAGUGUCAGCAACAGUUUCUGCGUUAGUGACAGUUGCAGUAGUAUUUCCCAUAGUAUGUUUACCGGCAGUCGUACUAAAAGUCGCUUGGCUUUGUGUUAAUGAAUACAGUAGUUGUAGCGGCACUACUUUUAGUACUGACAGUUGCCGUAUGCAGUACUGAUAGCGGCAUUUAUCCGAGCAGUCUUACUGAUACGUCAUCGUGCGACAACUGCCCUCUCUGUCGCAGGACAUCAACGACCGUCUGAUAAGCCUCCGUCUGCCUCUCCGUAGAGGCAAAUUCACCACCAUUAUCAGCGUGUACGCUCUCCCGAUAACUGGCCCAGAUGCCGCAGUGAUGAAUUCUACGAAGAUCCAAGGUAAGCGACCCCCAGGUAAACUGAAUAUUGCCUUGUUGUCUUUGCCUGCUCAUCACGUCCAUUUCAGCAACCAACUAGCUCAAAGGAUAGAAAACCUCCCUGUUGCUUCCUCCACCGCUGGCGAGAACGCCUCCGUGGAGAACCGAUGGUGUCAACUGCGGGACACAUUGCAAUAGACGGUGCUGGCCGUCCUCCGUCGUGCAGACCGCCAACACCAAAGCUGAUGUGAAGGCAACGACGACGCCAUCAGUAAACUGCUCGCUGAGAAGAACCGCCUGCACAAAGCCUACGUCGACCGCCCCACCGAGGACAACUGGGCUGCCUUCUACCGUAGUCGUCGCCUCGUUCAACAGCCACUGCGUGAGAUGCAGGACGACUGGACGGCUCGCAAGGCCGAGGAGAUCCAAGGGUACGCGGACCGCAACGAAUGUAAGAACUCAGCGAUCAAAGCCGUCUGCGGUCCGCCAACUAAAGCAACUGCUCCUCUGCUCAGCGCCGACGGCAGUACCCCACCCACCGAGAAGAUACGUGUUCUACAGCAAUUGGCCGAGAACUUCAGAGGCGCCCUCAACCACCCUUUCACCAUCUCCGACGCCGCCAUCGCCCGUCUGCCUCAAGUGAAGACCUACUCUGACCUCGACCUCCCGUCUUAUCUCCACAAAACCAUAAAGGCCAUGCAGCCGCCCUCCAGCCGGAAAGCGCCCGGAUCGGACGCGAUGCCUGCUGAGGUCUACAGACCCGGCGGCCCCCGAAUCACCUGACUGCACUUUUCCAGGAGAUGUGGCGUCAAGGAGAAGUCCCGCAGGAUUUCAAAGACGCCACAAUCGUUCAUAUAUACAAGCGGAAAGGCAACCGCCAGCUGUGCGACAAUCACCGAGGCAUCUCUUUGUUGGAUAUUGGCGGGAAAAUCUUUGCUCGUAUCCUCCUCAACAGCCUGAAUAAUCACCUAGAGCAGGGUCGUCUGCCGGAAACCCAGUGCGGCUUCCGACGUCAUCGCGGUACCACGGACACGAUCUUCGCCGAUCGUCGACUUCAGGAGAAGUGUCAGGAAAUGCCGGCCCACCUGUACUCUAGCUUCCUGGAUCUGACGAAAGCCUCCGACACCGUGAAUCUUGGUGGACUUUGGAAAAUCAUGCAGAAAUUCGACUGUCUCGAACGAUUCACUCAGAUGGUGCGUCAGCUCCACGACGGCAUGAUGGCGCGAAUUACAGACAACGGGGCUGUCGCAGAGGCAUUCGCAGUGACCAACGGAGUGAGGUAA